AUGGACGUGGAAGGCAACACGGGCAGCGUCUUCAAUUGGAGCUGGCCAGCAAGAGUGGACGAGCUAGGCCGCGAGUUACCGGACUGCCUGGCCGUGACGGAUGACUCGCUGACCCUUACCUGGGCGCAGCUCUCCCGGAGAUCCAAGGCCGUUGCUGCAGCCCUCCGGUCGUUAGGACUGACUGGAAGCCCCUCAAGCGUCUAUCCGAAACGCUUUGGGGACAUCGUUGGCGCGCCGCCCCCCAUGGUUGUUAUGCUGCCUCACGCCGCUGAGUCCUUGAUCCUCGUCCUUGGCGUUUUGCGCCAGGGAUUCCCUGAAGCAAUGGCCCUCUUCGAGCCGGUAGCAGUGAUCACCGACUCACCCUUGGUGUCCGAGCUUCAAGCUCACCGGCCGGCGCUGCAGGUUGUUUCAGCGCGGGAGCUCCUGGCCUCGGAUGAGAUCGGGGAUUACGAGGACCGCAGGAUGGCAAGAAAUGAAGCCCUUUCCAGUUCAGAUGUGCCGAGCACGACAGAACAUGCGCUGGCCUACAUGUUCACAUCCGGCAGCACAGGGCAAUCGAAGUGCGUGUGCCUAUCAAACCUCAUGGCCUACAGCGAGACAGAAGGGUAUCCAGAGCUGUUCGGCAAGCUCGGGUACCGGGUUGAUCCGCACAAGGACCGAUGGCGAAUCGACCAUGAGAUGGGUUGGUGGGGCGCUGCCUACUUCGGGGAGGUCGACGUUGCUUUGGCCAUGCGCAUGGGCAUUGUCUUCAUGAAGCCCACAGAUCCGGACUGGGGAGCUCGUGGCGUGACAGUUUCUGGGGCACUUCCCUCGCAGUUGAGUAAUCUCUGGCCUGGCGCGAAGAACUUCCCUCCCUGUCUCCGAGUGAUCUUCAGCUGGGCAGAGCGCUGUGAUGUGGAGCUUGGCGCCAUGUGGAAGGCAGCUGGCGUGCGCAUGGCCGACCUGCUCAUUGCUACGGAGUUUUUCCUGACUUUCGCUUCCUGCAACUUGGAGACAGCGACGAGCGACGGCCGUUGCGCCCAUGUGAUGCGUCCGCUCGGUAGAGCCAAGGUUUACCUCCUCGACGAGAGCUUCGCCCCCAUCGAGGCCUCCGACGGAGAGGUGUCGGGCUUGCUGGGUGUGGCCGGGCCGCAGGUCACGCCUGGCUAUGUCGAGCGCCUCGAUGACGGAUCCGUGACGAUUGGCUCGGGACCCCUCAGCCAAGACAUGUUCAAGGCUCGGGGACGGUGA